AUGAGCUCCAUGCAGUCAAACUCCUCUGCAAAUGUGACUUUUGUUCGUCCUGCUACAUUUUUCCUCAAUGGCUUUUCUAAUGUUCCACAUGUGAAAUACUACUAUGUGUUCUUGUCUUUAGUGUAUGUUGUGACUGUUUUAGGGAAUUCAUUUAUCAUGUGUAUCAUAUAUUUGGCCCGCAAGCUUCACACAGCCAAAUACAUUGGUGUUUUUCAUCUGGCUUUUUCUGAUUUGUGUGGAAGCUCAGCUCUGAUUCCAAAUAUAAUAGACACAUUUUUGUUCGGGCACCAUGACAUUUCAUAUGAAGUGUGCUUUGUAAGUAUGUUUUUUAUAUAUCAUUUCAUGAAUCUUCAGUCUUUGACAUUACUUGUCUUGGCUUAUGAUAGACUGGUUGCUAUUUGUUUUCCUCUAAGGUAUCAUGCCAUUGUAACCAAACCAGCUAUGUUUCUGAUCAUAGGGAUGAUGUGGAUUGUGUCUGCGACAUAUUUUUCUGUACAUGUGGGUUUGCUGACUAGACUCUCUAUUUGUAGUUCUAAUGUGGUUAAUAGUUAUUUUUGUGAUUAUGGUCCUGUCGCUAGACUCGCUUGUAAUGAUAAUUCACUAAAUUUACUGAUGGGAAAAGUUUGCUUUGGUUUCCUGAUUUGCUUGCCUCCAGUACUGAUCAUCGUCUCAUAUUUCUGCAUUGCUCUGGCUCUGCUUAAAAUUGCUCAUGGUGUUGAUCGGAUCAAAGCUAUAAAAACCUGCACCUCACAUCUCAUUUUGGUGGCAGUUUUGUAUCUCCCAAUUGUAAGCAAUAAUAUUGCAGCUUCCACAACACCUUUGCAUCCAAAUGCCCGGAUAAUUAACAAUUCUUUGACUCAGAUAAUACCACCUAUGCUGAAUCCCAUCAUAUACACUCUGAAGACAGAGGAGGUCAUGCAAUCCAUAAAAGAACUGUACAAACGCUGCAAGGUGAAUACUACUGGAGAAAGAAAUAUAAAAUGGAACGCUAGAAAUAACUGUAGUACCUGUUUUGGCAAUGACCACAGAUACUAUGCUAAUCAGAUUUGUUUUAAAGGGAUAUAA